AGAAGAAGGAGAGGGAGAAGAAGAAGAAAUGAUCACGUCACGUAGAAGGGCUAUCUGCUUGAUAGGAAUACACAUCGUGCCCAACAUCGUUGGAGUCAUCCGUUUCUCCUACGGUUUUCACCGAACCUCAUCGGCGCAUUUCGGGCUCCUGCUCGACGCAUUGCUCGGCGUCGAGUCCGUCGUCAAUAUCGUCAGUGACGUCAUAGUAAUCGUGUUUCUCUGGAAAGCGGAGAAGGCGGGCGAGAAAACCACAUCGCCUCAAGAACUGCUCACCCCAUUCGAAAAAUGGCUAAAGGAAAAGAUGCCGCGCGUUCUCGGCGCCUUCGUGGCGUGGAACACCGCCGCAAUGCUGCUCUGCUGCGGAGCCAACUUGAUCGGACUGCGAUGCCCGCCCAAGUGGUACACGAACCAAGAUGCAAGCAGCCUGACUAUCAGAAAAAACCUGACAAUUGUCGUGUCCUGGGCUCCCGUGAUAAUCUUCGCCGCAUUCGUGAAGCUGUGCUACACCUACUUGCUGUACGACUUCUACAAGACGUACAAGCUAACUCGGGGCAGGGCGUUCGACAGAGAUGCUCCAGUCGACGUGUUGGCCAAGGUCCGACAGCGAGGUCGCUUGUGGCCGUUCAGCGGGUGGCUAACAGGUGGUCGUACUCCCGGCGAAAAAACUCCUGCAGGAGGAGUACCCGGCGGACGAACUCCCGGUACUCGAACCCCAGGUGGUCGAACUCCAGGCAGUCGAACUCCUCGAGGGCCUACUCCUGGUGGACAAACCCUACCGCCGGUUGAGCAAGCGACCUCCACUGGCGGGGAGACUUCUGGCACUCGUACUACGAGCGAGCGAACCCCUGGUGGACGAACUCCCGGCCGACGGACUCCAGGCGGCCGUACACCCGGAGGCCGAACUCCUGGAGGACGAACGGUCACUCGUACGUUGGAAGCACCAACUCUAGGAGUGAGAACGCCAAAAUUAGGGUCGCCACCGGGUUACGCCGAAGCGUCAGCGGGCACCGGCAGCACGACGCCGGCGUCUCAACGGCCCCGCGUCCGCGCAACGCGUCAAUCCGAAGGCGACGAGGGCGGGGCUUCUGCCACCGCGGGCACCAGCACCACAACUCUGUCCCAGACGAAGAACAAACGGCAGAAACGCGGAACCGCGACCCCCACAGUGCCGGCCCGUCUGUCAACCGCGGAACGAAAGCCUCGUCAGAGCGACCGUGCCGCCGCAGAGCAGGCGGCGAACGAGAGUAGCGCUGCUACUUCUGGGAUGUCAAGCGCCAGGGCCGCCAAACCUAUCGCCGGCGCCGGAGGCCUUGCUGCUGACCUCAGCGCUAAGGGAUCGAGGCAAGCGCCACCGGGCGACCUCGUGAAGACCGAAGUCAGCGUCGCAACGACCGCGUCCCGUGUGUCCAGCGCCAAUCCGACGACGCGUAGAAAUGGAGGCGGAGCGUCGGGGCAGCCUGACGAUAUCGUCAGUGGUGCGUCUUCCGCAGGAUUUUCUCUAUUGCCUCGACGGGACGACUCCACCGAAGGCGUCCGCACUGCCACCAGCGCGGUGAUGAUGCCCCAGACCACGGAUCGCCACGUGCUUGGUGGGCGCACUCCCCGGCAGCUCGAAGUCAACGCCACCGCAGCACAGGCAGAAGGAACGGCGUCCGCUAAGCGCAGACUUGUACCAGUGCAUAAGACCGACGGUAAAGAAUGCCUGAGGGCUGCCACCGACAUUCCAAAGACAGCGCGGUCUUCGAGCCGUAUGUCGAGCCGUCUGCAACCGUAGUAUCGGCGGCUCGACGACUCCGUUGAUGACGCUAACCCUGGUGACAUCUUGAAUUAUGUGAGGUUACAAUGUUUUAAGGUAGAUCAUGUGUAGGAACGACGUCAUCUGUUGGGCACGUGCCAUCUCCUGCCCGGGUACAGGCCCGGCUCAGGAGGUGGAGGAGGAAAAACGUUUCAAAGUUUCAAAGUUCUUCCGUGAAAGUGGUUACGAGUUUAGAUAGAUAUGAAAUGUAAAAGGAGGUCCCAUAAUGCCAUACACUGUAUUAGGACCACCGGUGAAGGUUAGGUGGUGAGAGGAAUUACUAUACGGCAACAAAUUAAAGCGAUAUAUCAGGCCAUUAAUAUGCAGGUCAGAAAGCAGAAAUAUAAGAGAAGAAGUUGGGCGGAAAUACCCCCUAAAAGUAGAAAGGAACAUGUAAAAAGUUAAAUGGAAUGCACGAGUAUGUACAGAUGUAAACUACAAAGCAAAUAACGUGAGUCGGCAGCUUCGUCUUGCUUACGAUUUGCGCUAGUGUGCGCGUGCGUGUGCGUGGUAGGGGGGGGGGGGUGGCGGUAGCAGGGCUUCUUAUUCCAGGAUCCUUUCGGACUUGGCUGCCGCUGUGUGCGGUACACAAACUGCUGCUGGUCACGCAGGUCAGGACAGGUCAAGGCGGCCUCCCACUCUUCGGAGGUAGGAUUUGUGACGGGAGUCAUGGUAGACCUACAUGGGCAUGCCAUGGCAAGGUGGAGUGGUAAAGGGAUGCUUCUCAUCUGGGCAUUUGCAGGAUUAUAGAGGGUGGGGUUAAUGGCAUGAUAUUAGCUUAAGUGCGAAAAAAUAUUGGUCUGUAGCUACCGCCAGGCAACGGCUUUUUCUCUCCAGGGUGUUUUGUUAGGUAGUUGGCAGAGGCGGCGGCAAAUGCGAUCCUGUUAAAUGAUGGUGCGGUAAACGGGGGUUUGGACUCGACAUUGCGGUCACGGUCUACUUCGGGGUGCUUCGCCCGGGUGAUAUAGGCUCGGGCAACAGUGAGACGGACAGACAUUUAUUUCAUUCCGGUUCCCUGUCCGGGUCUACUGGACGUCAGGGUGGUGGCGAGGGCUGGCUGGUCUCCGCGAGGAGACUCGUGAGGAAGGGUCCAUAUGAUGCUGAUGCUGGAUGGUAUGACGGUAGCACGGCAACGGAUACGGUGGGAAACAGCGGCGAGCCGGCCUCGGAUAAGGUUGCGACAAGCAGCUUCAUCAGAAAUAGCGGAGGCAUGUUCUUGGUCUAUACAAACGGUGUCAAGGUCAGCGGCUGCCUCGUCAGCUGCAGUAAUGGCGGGAAGGUGUGGUCGGCCACGCUGAACGUAAGGACUUAUCGACGGAGGUGCGUAACCGCGUCUACACAUGUGGUAGCGCGGCGACGCAGGCACGAAAAUCCGCGUGCGUAUUUCGUGGUACGGAAGCGACCCUUAUGUAUUCAACGAAAUAUGCGCCAAGUGCACCAGUUUGUCCGUUACAUUUUGACAUUGGACCCGAAACGAGCCUUCCCUCGCUAUCGGUCCAGAUACAUUUUUAAUCAUGACUGCGUCGAGAACAAUAAACCACUUGCACUUGCAAAAAUAAAAAAAA